AUCAUAAUAAUAGCUAUGUUUGCUGUUCAUCAUCGUCCACACCGGCUACUCCUGGAGACAGAAUCAAGCACACAAUCUGCAGCAAAUGGAAGCAGGACGCGCAACAUAUACAACAGCGAGGCCAAUUUCGAUACCAACAUGGUGAUCAUCUUGGCAGCUUUGCUUUGUGCGUUAAUUUGUGCCCUUGGACUCAAUUCUAUAGUACGAUGCGCCAUACGCUGUAGCAGGAGGUUUACUUUCGAGACUCCUGAUCAGACUGCAGCACAUAUGGCAGCAACAGGCCUCAAAAAGAGCGCAUUGCGACGAAUCCCAGUGAUUAUAUACGGGGUGGCAGGGAUACAUUUAAUAGCUACAGAUUGUGCAAUUUGCCUAGGUGAGUUCAUAGGUGGUGAGAAAGUACGAGUUUUGCCCAAUUGUAACCAUGGAUUUCAUGUUAGGUGCAUUGACACAUGGUUGGUAUCACACUCCUCCUGUCCAACUUGCCGGCAGUCACUACUUGAGCAACCAGCAAGUUCUGAUGCCACAGAAAUUGAAGUUGGGAUUAGACAUCCGGGAAAUGAUGUUCCUAUUGCUGGAGAUCACGAAGCUGGUUGAUCCUGCUUUGAAAGUGAUUCAACGCCAAAUCAAGAACAAGCAAAAAAAGGGUCUCAGUUUCUCUAUUGUUUAAUUUUUGAGAUGUUCAGUUUGUUUGUGUGAUUAUGCUUAGUGAUGUAGAUAUCUUGGCUGAAACUUCAGUGAAUGAGCUAAAUGGAGGUUUCUGAGGCAGUACUUUUUUUGUACAGGCUUUAUUAGUAGAUAAGAAAAUGAUCCUAGGAGGUUUGCCACUUGCUAUGCGUUGAAAGGCCUUAUAAUAGUAAAUGCACCAAACUUUUUGUAAUCCAA